GAAGCCAAACAAAAGCUUGUUAUUGUCACGUCACAAAGCAACGUGAGGCAACAUUAAACUUAUAACACUACAAUAAACAGAUUCAAGAUGUAUGUGAAGGAUAAACUCCUUCUACUAUCCACAACAGCAUCAGCAAUUCCAAACAAUCUUGCAGUGAACAUAAUGAAGAGAAAAAAGACGGCUGACUGUUUAGCUGUCAUUCAUCAGAGCUUCAUAAAUAUUGUUCCUGUGAAAGACUAUGAGAUGGAGACAAGAAAUAUCCCUUGUACUGAUAGCCAGCUAAGAAACAGAGCUGUUAUCACUCAGGUAAUGUGGUGUAUGCUUAGUAAUCAGCACAUCCUUAUCACAACUUCAACCAUCGGUCUGCAGAUAUUUGACUGUGAGGGAUUAAAUUGUAAAUUCUCUCACCCUUGCUAUGAUGGGCCUGAGAAUAAAGAAUGCUUUGCUAGAGGUCUGACCACAACUGGUGAUUUUCUUUGUGUGGGGAACAGUGCAGGAUGCAUUAGAGUAUUUGUAAUGUUGGAGGAUGGAGAAAUAGCAUUUGUUGAUCGGAAAAUGCGUCACCGUGAAGCUAUAACUGAUUUAGCAUCAAAUGGAAACCAGGUUGUUUCGGCUGAUGAGAGUGGAUGUGUCUAUUUAUGGACAUUGACUGGCGAAGAACUGAUUCAAUGGGGAGAGCUGCCAAUAUAUGAAUGGUCAUGCACCAGUGUCAAGAUAUGGCAAGACUUGAUUGUGACAGCUUAUGGAUCGGGACACAUUCGGCUGUUCUCAACGAAUCGCGAGACCAACAGUGUGGCUCUGCUGGUGGAGGUGGGAGCCCAUGCUCGAUGGAUAACCAGUCUCGACAUUGCUCCAGAUCAGGGUCUCAUUCUAACUGUUUCCGAGGACACUUUUGCCAAAGUUUGGCUAAUAAAAAAGGGAGAACCAACAAUAAUUGUUCACGACUUCUCUGCUCACAUUAAAGACAGUGUAUUGGUGGGAGGGAAGUUUUUGAACUCAGAUGGUUCUGAGUUUUGUGUCUCAUCUUAUGACAGUAAACUCAUACACUGUUUCACCAAGAGUCCAUAAAUAAUUGGAAAUAACUACAUCGAUUGGGAAAGAUGUUUCCUCUAAGAUGUAAAGGGUUUCCUUUAUUUUACCCAUUACCUAAGUAACUGUAAAUAGCAAACUGCUUUAAAAUUGUGUGAAAUAAAUUUAUAUAUGUUGCUUGGUCUCAAUUAAA